AUGUCCGUUCCUACUCAGGCCUCUGUCCUCGUUGUGGGUGGUGGCCCAGCUGGGUCGUACGCUGCGUCUCUCCUAGCCCGAGAAGGUGUUGAUGUUGUGCUUCUUGAAGCCGACAAGUUUCCUAGAUACCAUGUUGGAGAGAGCAUGCUUGCAUCUAUGCGUUUCUUCCUGAGAUUCAUCGACCUAGAGAAGACAUUCGAUGAACACGGGUUUGAGAAGAAGUACGGAGCUACAUUCAAAAUUACCACCAAAAAGGAAGCCUAUACCGACUUCGCCGCUUCCCUGGGCAAAGGAGGCCACUCGUGGAAUGUAGUCCGUUCCGAGUCAGACGAGUUAUUGUUUAGACAUGCCGGGAAGAGUGGUGCCAAAACCUUCGACCAAACCAAAGUAGACUCUAUUGAGUUCGAGCCAUACCCACAUGAUGGCUUCAUUGCUGAGGAUCGCCUGGCCAACCCUGGAAGACCUGUAUCUGCAGCUUGGUCUCGCAAGGAUGGCACCAGUGGCACCAUCAAAUUCGACUACCUCAUCGAUGGUAGCGGCCGUAACGGUAUCAUUUCCACAAAGUAUCUGAAGAACCGUCGAUUCAACGAGGGUCUGAAAAAUAUCGCCAUAUGGAGUUACUGGAAGGGUGCCAAGCGCUACAAGCAGGGUCAGGACAAUGAAAACUCUCCAUUUUUCGAGGCUCUGAACGAUGGCAGUGGUUGGGUGUGGGCCAUACCUCUCCACAACGGCACACUGUCAGUCGGCGUAGCGGCACGCCAGGAUUUCUUUUUCGCGAGGAAGAAGGCCUCCUCACUUGAAGGGAAAGAGUUUUAUGCCGACUACCUUAACCUUGUGCCGGGUAUCAAGUCUUUGUUGGCAGAUGCCGAGAUUGUGGCGGACCUUAAGCAAGCGUCUGACUGGUCAUACAGCGCCUCUGCCUAUGCUGGUCCUCAUUUCCGUGUGAUUGGCGAUGCCGGCUGCUUCGUUGAUCCAUAUUUCUCCUCUGGUGUUCAUCUGGCUCUUACAUCUGGACUUUCCGCAGCUGUUUCUGUCCAAGCUUCUCGACGCGGUCAAGCUGAUGAGCGUAGUGCUGCCAAGUGGCACACUACUAAGGUCUCCGAGGGAUAUACUCGUUUCUUGUUGUUGGUCAUGACAGUCUUGCGGCAGUUGAGAAUGAAGGAAGCACAUCUUAUCACUACAGAAGAGGAGGAAGGAUUUGACAUGGCCUUCAAGAAGAUUCAACCCGUGAUUCAAGGUGUCGCUGAUACUGAAACAAAUGACGCGCGAGUUCAGAAGAAUGCGGCUGAGGCCGUUGACUUCUCGCUCGAGUCUUUCGAAGUCACACCUGAGAUGCAGCGUGCUGUCAUCGACAAGAUUGAGAAAGCCCAGGCAGCACCUGAGACACUCGAAAAGCUUACGCCCGAAGAGGUACACAUUUUAAGUGGUAUCGUGACCAGAACUUUUGAGCGAGAGAAAGAUGAGCUGAACUUGACUAGCUUCACUGGGGAUGUAAUUGAGGGACUCUCAGCGAACCUGGUGCGUGGUGACUUGGGGCUUAUCAGAAGGGAGGCGAAGUCGGCUACACCUGAAAGUACUACCACCAUGGGUGUGCCAGCUGUUGAAAAUGUCAAGACAAUGGCGUAA